CAGCAGAAAGUGAUCCCAGGUAUAGUCGCAGGGAAUUGUGAUCAACCCCAACCCCGUUGCUUUUGGAAAGGACAUCACGCACGCGCUCAACAUGAAAGGAACCUCCACCUGGACCUUAGCAGCCACCGUGAUCUGUGUGUGCUACGCAGCGCAGUUCUGCAUAGCGGGACCGCUUCCGGAGGAAUUUCCACAGGACAGCUCGUCAUCUUCCGAGGAGAAACAGGGCAAUCCCCUGAACUCCUUGUACAGCCCCUUAGAGUACGGAGCGAAAGUAGACAGCGAUGAAAUUGCUCUUAUCAGUACCAACAGUUCACAAAACACAACAAAAGAACUUUACGUGAUUAAAGCAGUUGUCUAUGAAAUAGGAAUCCUUGCUGAUGUACCAGAGAAUGAGACACUCGAUGAGGACGAGCCAGUUCACCAGCAAGUGGAUCUGUCCUUCUUCAGCCACGGGGGCAACAGUACCCAUCUGAACCUAGGCGACAUUCCGGUUCCGAUUCAAACCAGCGUCCAGGGGCAGGUGUUCACCGGUAUUGCACCGGUGCACGUAGGCACCGUACCAACGAACCUAAGCGAUCUGCUGUCUGCCCUACCAAUCUCGGGCACCGUGGUCAACAUCUCGCAAACAAACAGCUCCUACGUGGAGGUGCACAAGCACAACAUCAGCGACGCUUCCGUUCUGUUAAACCAGAAGGAUCUGACCAGCUUACCCUUUGCCAGCUCGGCCAGUGAACCGCUAGUACCAGCUAGCGUUGAUGAAACGGUGAUAGGACUUACGACGAAGACGAAACAGCCGGCAGAUGGGGACGAGGAGAAGCAUGAGUAGGGCUGAAUCUGUUCUCGACUGUGGUAGGGUUUAGCUUAAGGUUACAUUUAAUGUUAGAGGGUCGCAAAAUACACCGUUGAUUUUUAAA